AGACUUUUCUUCAUUUACAAGUGGAAGCUGUCGGAUAAUCAUAACAAGAAGAACAAACGGUUGAGGAAAUACUAGGAAGAGUUCUUCUAUGAAUUGGAAACCUGUGCUCUGUCGAUCAAAGUGUUGUUUCCCACUCGUGCAUGUUUAAAUCAGAGGAGUACUCUGGUGCCGUGUGUCGGCCAGACGACUAGUACAAACGAGUGGCAACAGCAGUGAGGAGGCAUGAUUUUGAGACGGGGCUCAGUCGUUGCUGCCUUUUUACUCUGCUUUCUUGCGAAGGUGUCAGAGGGAUCGGGACAAUUCGAGUUGCAAAUCUUAUCGAUGCAUAAUGUGAACGGAGAGUUGCUGAACGGCCUGUGUUGUGAUGGCUCUAGGAACACGGCGGAUAGAAAAUGCACACGGGACGAGUGCGAUACCUUUUUUAAAGUUUGCCUGAAGGAAUACCAGUCUAGAGUCUCUGCUGCGGGGCCCUGCAGCUUCGGGACGGGAUCUACGCCUGUUCUUGGAGGGAAUACCUUUUCUUUCAAGAGCACUGUCAGGAAUGAGAGAUCCAGGAUAGUUUUGCCCUUCAGGUUUGCCUGGCCGAGGUCCUACACUUUGAUAGUGGAAGCCUUGGACUUCAACAAUGAAACCGGUGGUGCAGAUGGGCAGGCGAUAGAGAAAGCCUUUCAUUCCGGCAUGAUCAACCCCAGCCCCCAUUGGCAGAAGCUGACCCACAACGGCCCCAUAGCCCAGUUUGAGUACCAAAUCCGGGUCAGCUGCGAUGAGCACUACUACGGCUUCGGCUGCAACAAGUUCUGCCGGCCCAGAGACGAGUUCUUUGGACAUUACACCUGCGACUACAACGGUAACAAGACCUGCCUGGAAGGCUGGUCUGGGCCUGACUGCAACACAGCUAUAUGCCGACAAGGCUGCAGCACAGAGCAUGGAUCGUGCAAAGAGCCAGGUGGCUGCAAGUGUCUUUAUGGCUGGCAGGGCCAGUACUGUGACAAGUGCAUCCCACACCCUGGCUGUGUCCACGGCACCUGUGUGGAGCCCUGGCAGUGCCUGUGCGACACCAACUGGGGUGGCCAUCUUUGUGAUAAAGAUCUGAAUUUUUGUGGCACUCAUCAGCCGUGCCUGAACGGAGGCACAUGUAUCAACACAGGACCUGACAAGUACCAGUGCUCCUGUGCUGAAGGCUACUCUGGAGCCAACUGUGAGAGAGCGGAACAUGCUUGUCUGUCCAAUCCGUGCUCUAAUGGUGGGAGCUGUGCAGAGACCAGCCAAGGCUAUGAAUGUCAGUGUGCGCCAGGGUGGAGCGGCCCCUCCUGCACCAUCAACAUUGAUGAAUGUGCUCCAAACCCCUGUAAUCAUGGAGGAACCUGCCAGGAUCUGGUCAAUGGCUACAAGUGUCACUGUCCUCCCCAGUGGACCGGCAAGACGUGUCUCAUAGAUGCCAACGAAUGUGAUAGCAAGCCUUGUGUUAAUGCCAACUCAUGCCGCAACCUGAUUGGUGGAUACUUCUGCGAGUGCAUCCCUGGUUGGACGGGCCAGAACUGCGACACCAACAUAAACGACUGCAAGGACCAGUGCCAGAAUGGGGGAACUUGCAAGGACUUGGUGAACGGCUAUCGCUGCGUGUGUCCACCUGGCUUUGCCGGGGAGCACUGCGAGAGGGACAUCGACGAGUGUGCGAGCGCUCCGUGUCUGAACGGCGGCCGCUGUCAGGACGAGGUGAAUGGGUUCCAGUGCCUUUGUUUGGCCGGAUUCUCAGGAAACCUGUGCCAGCUGGAUAUCGAUUACUGCCUGCCCAACCCGUGUCAGAACGGGGCGCCCUGCUUCAACCUGGCCACCGACUACUACUGCGCCUGCCCGGAAGACUACGAGGGCAAAAACUGCUCCCACCUCAAAGACCACUGUCGCACCACCACAUGUAAAGUGAUUGACAGCUGCACGGUUGCCGUGGCGUCCAACAGCACACCGGGAGGGGAGCGCUACAUCUCAUCCAACGUGUGUGGACCCCACGGCCGCUGCCGGAGCCAGGCCGGGGGCCAGUUCAGCUGCGAGUGCCAGGAGGGCUUCAGAGGCACCUACUGCCACGAGAACAUCAACGACUGUGAGAGCAAUCCAUGUCGUAACGGAGGCACCUGCAUCGAUAAAGUCAGCGUGUACCAGUGCAUCUGUGGUGACGGCUGGGAAGGCGACCACUGCGAGAUCAACAUUGAUGACUGCAGCACCAACCCCUGUCACAAUGGAGGGACAUGUCGAGACCUGGUGACUGAUUUCUUCUGCGAGUGCAAGAAUGGCUGGAAGGGAAAGACGUGCCACUCCCGCGAAAGCCAGUGUGAUGAGGCCACAUGCAACAACGGAGGCACCUGUCAUGAUGAGGGAGACACCUUCCAGUGCAAAUGCUCUCCAGGGUGGGAGGGGACGACGUGCAACAUAGCCAAGAAUUCCAGCUGCCUUCCAAACCCCUGCGAGAAUGGAGGAACCUGUGUGGUGAGCGGAGACUCCUUUACCUGCGUCUGCAAAGAGGGCUGGGAGGGCCCCACCUGCACCCAGAAUACCAACGACUGCAGUCCCCACCCAUGCUACAACAGUGGAACAUGCGUCGAUGGGGACAACUGGUACCGAUGCGAAUGCGCCCCAGGCUUCGCAGGUCCAGACUGUCGGAUCAAUAUUAACGAGUGCCAGUCCUCCCCGUGCGCCUUCGGUUCCACCUGUAUGGAUGAGAUUAACGGGUACCGCUGCCUGUGUCCACCAGACCGGACUGGACCCCACUGUCAGGAAGUGACGAGAAGACCUUGCACCGUUAACGGACAAGUCACCCCUGAUGGAGCCAAGUGGGACGAGGACUGCAACACAUGCCACUGUUCGAAUGGGAAAGUUGUUUGUACAAGGAUGUGGUGCGGACCCAAAUCGUGCCAUCUGGGCGCCAAGAGUCGAGGCGCGUGUCCCUCGGGCCAGAGCUGCAUACCUAUCCGAGAGGGCCACUGCUUCGUGAAGCCCUGUCUCGGCCUCGGAGAGUGCUGGCGCUCCAACCCUCCUCCGCCUCCCACCAAAUGCCACCCCAGCUCCAGUUACCAGGACAACAGCUGCGCCAACAUCACCUUCACCUUCAACAAGGAAACCAUGCCUCAAAGCUUGACUGUGGAGCUUGUGUGCAAGGAGCUGAGGCACUUGUACGUGGUGAAGAAUCUGUCCCUGGAGCAUUCAGUGUCCAUAACCUGCGACCCGUCGUUCUCAGCCAGCAACGAGAUCCACGUCUGCAUCUCGACUGAGGACCAUCGGCUGGACAGGAGUCCCAUUAAAGAGAUCACAGACAGAAUAAUCGACCUGGUUAGCAAACGCAACGGGAACAACACCAUCAUUGCUGCCAUCGUAAAGGUGCGCGUGCCAAGCCCCAGCAAACCCGACUACCUGGUGCCCCUCCUCAGCUCUAUCUUCAUUGUCAUCUGGGUCCUCGUGCUGGUCUCCAUCUUCUUGUGGUGCAUGCGUCGCCGGCGGAAACAGAGCAGCCAUGGCAACACGACGACCACCGGCUCAGAGGACAAUACCACCAAUAACGUGCGGGAGCAGCUGAACCAGAUCAAGAACCCUAUAGAGAAGCAUGUGGGCCUCACAGUGGCCAUCAAAGACUAUGAAGACAAGAACUCCAUCAUUGCCAAAAUAAGGACAAAUCAUCCUGAGGGGGAUGAGGAUGACAAGGAGAGGCACUUACAGAAGGGCCGCUUUGCCAAACAGCCAGCAUACACACUGGUGGAGAGGGACGAGAAGACGCCCAUCUCCAACCCGAACUCCAACUCCACAACCAGCAAACAUCCUAAUUGGACUAAUAAACAGGACAACAGAGACUUGGAGACAGCAAACAGCAUAAACAGGAUGGACUACAUUGUAUAGCAGACAGCUGCGUUGCUGUGCAACCAAGCCCUAUGCCCUCAAACCCCGGUGGCGGGUGAAACGGGGAAGCUUUGGGGUGUGUAGUUCCUUAAACUGUCGUGUCAAUCUUGACCCCACAGUUAGUAUUUUCAGAUAUUCCCCGUGUUAAUUUAAGUUUUGACAAGCUGGCUUACACUGGCAGUGACGGUUGCUUUGGUUGGCUGGAAAUGCUAGGCACUGAUACACAUUUCAUAGCAGAACUAGUUGCAAAAAUGUCCUCCUAUGCAUUUCAUUUUCUGUCUGUUUAGUGGACACGUUUAAGGGGCUCAGUUUCCUCUUAAUUUUUUUUUUAAAUUUCAGCAUUAUU